UUUCUCAAUACAUAUAGAAGGAAUAAAUUAAAGUUUUUUCUCGUUUCUUUUUGUUUAAUACAAGUUGAUUGGGUUUUGUUGACAUUGCGUUUUUUGAGUGUGUAAUGAUAGGAAGCCAUUGUUUUUGAAAAUUUUUUUAAACGGAGUCAAAUACAGCAGCCUCUCUAUAAGAGAAGAAGAAACUUGGUUGGUUUCAGGGAAUUGACAAAUUACAAGAGGGAAAAAAGAAAGAAGAGCUAUGGAGGAGGAUUUGAUCAAGAGUUCUGAUCAUGGAGGUGCAGUGAAGGAAGAGAAGAGAGCUGAUUCUUCUGGGGAUGAAGAAGCUGCUACAGGCAGCAGAGAAGAAGUUGUUGCUAAGGUAGGAAAUAAAAGAGUGUAUCGUGAGGAUGAUGAUAUGAAGCCAUCUUCACCUGCACAAAAGGAUUUAAGCAGCAGUAAACAGGUAUCUAUAAAAGCUGAUACUCAGAGAUUCUCAACAGAACCUGACUCCAUGGCAUCUUCUUCAAGUCGAAAGGAGCAGGAUUCUCAGCUUGAAUCUGCCAAAGCUGAGAUGGGAGAGGUGAGAGAAGAAAAUCAAAGACUAAAGAUGUAUUUAAAUCGAAUAAUGAAGGAUUAUGAGAGUCUACAAAUGCAAUUCUAUGACAUUGUUAGACAAGAUGCGAAGAAAUCCACAGCUACAACAAAUAAUGAUCAUCAAGAAGACGAAGAACCUGAGCUAGUUUCUCUUACCCUUGGAAGAUUUUCAAGUGAUUCAAAAAAGGAUGAUAAGAACAAAACAUCUAGCCAAGGAAAAGAGGAUGAGAGAGGCAAACAAGGUUUAUCUCUUGGCUUAGAUUACAAAUUUGAAGCAUCCAAGUCUGAUGUAGAUGAGCCAAAUCCAAGCCCCACAAACAGCUCUCAAGAACCCAAGGAAGAAGAGACCUGGCCACCAAGCAAAGUUCUCAAGACAAUGAGAAGCGGAGAUGAUGAAAUUUUGCAACAAAACCCUGUCAAGAAAGCUAGGGUUUGCGUGAGAGCCAGAUGUGAUACUCCAACGAUGAACGAUGGAUGCCAAUGGCGGAAAUAUGGACAGAAGAUUGCUAAAGGAAAUCCUUGCCCUCGAGCAUAUUAUCGUUGCACAGUUGCACCUUCAUGCCCAGUGAGAAAACAGGUGCAACGAUGUGCUGAGGACAUGUCCAUCUUAAUCACAACCUAUGAAGGAACACACAAUCAUCCACUUCCAAUGUCAGCCACAGCAAUGGCUUCCACCACUUCUGCAGCCGCUUCAAUGCUUUUGUCUGGCUCAUCAUCGAGCUCACAGCCAGCUUCCAGUAUUCCAUCAACUGCCAACAUCCCUGCUAAUCUCCACGGACUCAACUUUUAUCUAUCUGAAAACUCAAAAUCCAAGUUCUACUUGCCCAACUCUUCACUGUCAGCUUCCUCAUCACACCCAACAAUCACGCUUGACCUUACUUCAACGCUAUCCUCAUCGUCAUUUCCUUUCAAUAGGUUUUCUUCAGCUUAUUCCACAACUGCAAGAUAUCCUUCUACAAGUCUCAGCUUUGGCUCUUCUGAGUCCAACACUGUGCCUUGGGGCAAUGGGCUCCUUAGCUGUGGCAGUACUCAACCCUACAUGAAAAACCAAAUUGGAGCUCUGAACAUUGGAAGACCGAAGACUAUGGAAAAUAUCAUUUAUCAAUCCUUCAUGCAAAAGAAUAAUCUAAAUCCUCCUCAACAGCCUCUACCGGAUACUAUUGCUGCUGCAACCAAAGCAAUCACAGCAGACCCCAAUUUCCAAUCUGCUUUAGCAGCAGCUCUCACAUCAAUCAUUGGCACUGGAAAUAACGGAGGUGCAACCCCGCCUACUGGAGAUAAAUUGGGACAAAAGUUGAACUGGGGGGAGCAGACGUCUCCAAUGACUUCUAGUUACUCACAAACAGUGAAAGGGAAUGGCUGUGCCACAAGCUUCUUGAACAAAUCUCCCUCGACUACUUCACAGCCGGGGACUUUGAUGUUUCUACCACCUUCUUUGCCAUUUUCAACGCCCAAGAGUGCGUCCGCGUCUCCCGGUGAUACCAGAAAUCACAGCAAUUGAUUGGUUUUUGAUUUUUGAAUAUUUGUAAUUAAGGAUGUUCAUUAGUCUUAAUUGGCAUGUAAUAAUGUACAGUUAUAGAAAUUUUCCUCUUGGAGACAAGGACGGGAGGCAUGGAAAUUUGAACAAGUUUGGUUUUUCCGCGAA